AGUUCCAGUGAGGACGCGCCUCAGGGAGCUGGCUGUGGGGUGUGGGGCACAGACUCUGCUGCAGCUUCUCUUCCAGCUCCUGUUCCCACGCCGAGCUUCAGCUCCCACCUUCCUCCUAAAACAUAUUGUAAACUUAUUUUUUGAUACAGGAUCUCAUACAAUCCAGGUUGGUUUCAAACUAAAAAGCCAAGAAUCACCUUAAAUGUCUGACCCUUCCUGCCUCCGUUUCUAUAAUGCUAGGUGUGUGGCACCAUGCCCAGGUAAUGUGGUACUGAGGAUUGAACCCAUAACCUCAUGCAAACGAAACAAGUGUUCUAUCAAAUGAGCUGUAUCUCUAAACCCCAAAUUGUCCCAUUUUUCAGCACAGCUUUAUUGAGGUCCAGCUGCCGUAAACAUUGGGCAUAUUUAAAUUGCACAAUCUGAUAAAUCCCUGUGGAGUGUGUUCCUGAAACCAUCUCUACAGUCAGGCUGAGGAGCCAGCUCACCAUCCCCUCCCCAGGGUUUGCUUGCAGCCAUUGGUGAUCUCUCGCAUCCCCUCCUGACUUCAACCUCACUUGUCAUGGUGAAGAGCAGUUUUCUUAUAGAGUUUCAUAUGAAAAAGGAUUUAAAAAUAAGCAUGUUCUUUUUCAGUCGUUUUUCAUCCACGUGAUCUGAGAAAAAUAUUCUUAGUAGUGUUGAGAAUUGAACCCAGGCCAGAGUUUCUGUUGUUCCUGCUCAUGUGUGUUUGUGUGUGUGUGUGUGUGUGUGUGUGUGUGUGUGUGUGUGUAUGUGUAGCAAGCAGCUAGCUAGCCUGCCUGCAUUCUUGCGUGGUCCAUCCCCAGAGCCUACUAGCUUCAGGGACCAGCUGGCUGCCCUAGGAUCACUCAAAGCUGUGUGUGGAGGAGUCUCUAAUGUAUCACAAUGCUGCAACAGAUAAAUUAUAGAGGCAACUGAAGGAAGAGUUUAUCUUGGCUCACAGUUUGAAGGCACAGUUCAUCAUGGCCAGAAGUCGUGGAACCAGGAACUUGAGAUCAUUCCCAAUUUGUCAGGGAGACAGAAAUGCAAGUGGCUAUCCAGAGGCUUAGGGACUAUGAGGAGAAUUCUAGCAGCUGUCACAAGGAGGUACAGAUACUGAAGUACCAAAUGGACAAUGUUAGUUCUCUGGUGCAGUUGCUUGGGAGCCAUCUAGAGGAUGUGAAUGCUGACAUCCUGCAGACAAAAGAUGUGCUGAAGGAAUCUGGAGCCUUGGCUUUGGAGACCCAGGCGCUGAGAAGCUCCUUGGAGGUGGCCAGUGCUGAUAUCCAUAGUCUGAGAGGAGAUUUGGAAAAGGCAAACGCUAUGACUUCCCAGACCCGAGGUCUCUUAAAGAGCAGCACAGAAAACACCAGUGCUGAGCUCCACGUGCUGGGCAGAGGCCUGGAGGAAGCCCAGUCUGAGAUCCAGGCGUUGAGGGGAAGUCUGCAGAGUGCAAAUGACCUCAGCUCCCAGACCCAGGGCUUUCUCCAGCACAGUAUGGACAACAUUAGUGCUCAGAUCCAGACCGUGAGAGAUGGUAUGGAAAGGGCUGGUGAAAAGAUGAACUCGUUAAAGAAAGAGCUGGAAACACUCACUGCUCAGACUCAAAAGGCAAAUGGCCACCUGGAGCAGACAGAUGCCCAGAUCCAGGGCUUAAAAGCUGAGCUGAAAAGCACCAGUUCCUUGAACUCCCGGAUUGAGGUGGUCAAUGGCCAAAUGAAAGAUGCCAGCAGAGAGUUACAGACCCUGAGAAGGGACCUGAGUGAUGUCUCAGCUUUGAAGUCCAAUGUCCAGAUGCUACAGAGCAAUCUUCAGAGGGCCAAGACAGAGAUGCAGAGUUUGAAGGCAGAUCUGCAGGCGACCAAAGCCCUCACUGCCAAGAUUCAGGGGGAGCAGAAUCGCCUGGGGGCCCUGCAGGAAGCUGUGGCUGCACAGAAGCAGGAGCAGAAGACUCAGAAUCAGGUUCUCCAGCUGAUCGCGCAGAACUGGAAGUACUUCAAUGGAAACUUUUAUUACUUUUCUCGUGACAAGAAGCCGUGGCGGGAGGCUGAGAAGUUCUGUACGUCCCAGGGAGCGCACCUGGCUUCGGUGACCUCUCAGGAGGAACAGGCAUUCCUGGUACAGACUACAAGUUCUGGGGACCAUUGGAUUGGGCUCACUGACCAGGGCACAGAGGGCAUCUGGCGCUGGGUAGAUGGGACACCAUUCAACAAUGCCCAGAGCAAAGGGUUUUGGGGGAAAAAUCAGCCUGACAACUGGAGACAUAGGAACGGAGAGCGAGAAGACUGUGUUCACGUCCGGCAGCAGUGGAACGACAUGGCCUGUGGAUCCUCCUACCCCUGGGUGUGCAAGAAGUCCACAGGGUGGUCUGCGGCCAGAGUAGGCUAGAGCUGAGUCUGUCCUUCCUGAGACUCCUUCAGCCUUGAUCUCACUUCAGGGCUUCCUGUCCUGUAUUGCCCUGUCGUUCUGCUAUUUAAAACAUGCUUGCCUCCUUCUUAAAGACAAGCCCUGCAUUGGAGUCCCCUCAGCACCCCAUGUCUGCCCAGAUAAGCCCUCAAUAAACACUCACUGAAUGGACAGAAA